AUGAAGUGGCAUCUAGGUUCCUUCUUGUGUCUGGGAUACCUGGGAGUCGCAUGGGCCAGCAGCACUUCAAAUGUUGUAGACUCGUCAUACGCUGACCCUUGUGCUGCCAUCGCGAACGAGACGUGGGUCUCCCCUCAAGAAGCGCGCAAAUGCUUUGGUUCUUUCCCGGUGGACCCGGAUAUUAAGGCUAACAUCAUCGAGGUCCUGAAUAAGUCCCUGGCCUUCCAUGCUUCAGUGAACUACCAGCGGCAGGCACCUCCACCAUUCGAAGAUAUCCACGAGGAUGUGCACGGGGAUCUAGCCCGCAUCUCGUCGCAGGACUACUCCUCUGACUUUGAUCUGCAUCUCGAAACAGUACACGCUCUCAAGAGGCUAGUGGACGGACACUGUUUCUAUAUGAAUUUAUGCUAUGAUUCCCUAUACACGACAUAUCUACCCAUUCCCCUAGCGCUCUUGACCGAUGAACUCGGCGUGCAGCAUGUUCAUGUAGCACCCGAAGCCUUCAAGAUUUCUUCUACCGAAUUCGGCGAGGAGCUGAAAUUCUGGCAAGAUGCGCUUCCGGAGGAAUUGAGGGGCAAGCUAGAGCUGUUGUCGGGAGCGGAGGUACUUUCAAUCGAUGGUGAGACACCGUUCGCCACAGUCAAUGCGAGCGCCGUCCAGACUGGACGAAUGCAGGCGUUUGGUACACGUCAAAACAUGUUCUUCUCAAGCUAUGGCCGGACCGAGGCCGGCUGGGUGUACCACUUCGGAGACUUCGCUGCCCAGAGUCUCCCUCUGAAAGACUCCGUCGCUUUGACCUUGCGCAUCCAAAGCGGCAGCGAUAUAGCGUUUGCCAACCUCCCGUAUCGCUCCCGGCUAUCUUCAUCGGUAGAGCCGUGGACCAAUGCGUCAACGUUCUGGGCAAACAACUGUCUGGCGACCAACUCUACCAACGGCGUCAACCUGUACGCGAAACCCAAUGUCGUGGUGGAUUCGGGCGAACGACCGCAGCAGCCCUUCAUCGAUCCGGCGCUUGUCAGGGCCCGACUGCGAAAGCACCACAAGAACGAGCUGUUUGAUGCUUCGAUGGCACAGAACAUCGAGCUACCGGCGGAGAUGACGCCCUCGUCGCCGCUCAAUGGAAGCUCGGGCGUCGCCCAGUUCUACAUGCUGAAUGCGAGUGUGACGGACGCGCCGACGGGUGUGCUGAUGCUGGGCAGCUUCUCGGCGAGCUCGUUCAACGAGUUGCAGUCAAGCCUGUUGGAUGGGCUGAAGAACUUGAAGACGGAGGGCGCCGAACAGUUGAUCGUGGACGUGACGAACAAUGGUGGAGGCUAUAUUUGCAUCGCUCACUGGCUCCACCGUAUUAUCGCGGGUCCAAGGGGCACCACCGUUCCGCAGGCAGGACUCCAGACUCAGACCCGAGCGUCGCCAUUGGCCCAGCUCAUCGUGAAGCACAUCGCUGGCGGGGCAGACCCCGAGAACCUCCUUCUGUAUAACCCGCUGAACUGGGAGUAUGCAAACAAUACUCCCAUCCCAGGCGAGGAAGACUGGCUGCAGCCGCCCGUCCGGAAGACGGUCAAUGGCGUGGAAGAUAUGUUCAGUCAGCGGUUGGGAGACGAGUGUCAACCAUUUGAAAUGGACCCUCCAGCAGAGCCGCUGUUUGAUUCAAAUAAAGUCGUAAUCAUCAGCAAUGGCCGGUGUGCGAGCUCAUGCUCACUCUUCAGCAUUUCCAUGGCCAAGAGAGAGGGCGCCACGACUGUGGUUGUAGGCGGCAAAGAUGAUGUUCCGCAGCAGUAUUGUGGCGUCGUCGGUGGCCAAUCAAUACGCUUCCCUAACAUUGACACCGAGAUAAAGGCUAGUGAACUCGCAUUCAGUGCACCUUUGUGCCGUGAUCACACGCUUGCGCCGCCAGACUUCAUCACCAACAGUCUGCACGGUGUAACAUGGAGGCUUGGGUUCGGCAUCGACGAUCCUUUGGAGCCGGAGGAAUGGCAAGACCACCCUGCUGAUGUGAACUUUCCGUUGACUGCAGAUAUUGUGAACAAGCCAGUCGCCAUUUGGGAGCGGGUCGCGAAGACGCUCUUGUGA